CCACUGCCCCCGACAACAGCCGCGGUUAUCAGCGAUUCCCAUACCUGCUGGUGCUGACUGCGCCUGCGCCAGCCGCGGCCUCCACAGGCUUUUGAAACAUGAACCUUUCACUCUUUCUGGCUGCCCUUUGCUUGGGUGUAGCCUCAGCUGCUCCAAAACUUGAUCAAAGUUUAGAUGUGCAAUGGAACCAGUGGAGGUCAACGUACAAGAAACCAUAUGCUGUGAAUGAAGAAGACUGGAGGAGAGCAGUGUGGGAGAAGAAUGUGAAGAUGAUUGAACGGCACAAUCAGGAGUACAGCCAAGGAAAACAUGGCUUCACCAUGGCCAUGAAUGCCUUUGGGGACAUGACCAAUGAAGAAUUCAGGCAGGUGAUGAACGGCUUUCAAAACCAGAAACACAAGAAGGGGAAGCUGUUCUAUGAACCUGUCUUUGGUCAUAUCCCCACAUCUGUGGAUUGGACUCAGAAAGGCUAUGUGACUCCUGUGAAGAAUCAGGGUCAGUGUGGUUCUUGUUGGGCUUUUAGUGCAACUGGUGCCCUGGAAGGACAGAUGUUCCGGAAAACUGGCAAACUCGUCUCACUCAGUGAACAGAACCUGGUGGACUGCUCUCGGCGUGAAGGCAAUGAAGGCUGCAAUGGUGGACUGAUGGAUAAUGCUUUCCAGUAUGUUCAGGACAACGGAGGCCUUGAUUCAGAGGAAUCCUAUCCAUAUCUUGCAACGGACACACAUACCUGUAACUACAAGCCUGAAUGUUCUGCUGCCAAUGACACUGGCUUUGUGGACAUUCCUCAGCGAGAGAAGGCAUUGAUGAAGGCAGUAGCAACUGUGGGUCCCAUUUCUGUUGCUAUUGAUGCAGGCCAUGAGUCUUUCCAGUUCUACAAGUCAGGGAUUUAUUAUGAGCCAGGCUGCAGCAGCAAAGACCUGGAUCAUGGUGUUCUAUUGGUUGGCUAUGGCUUUGAAGGAAAAGACUCAGAAAACAAUAAAUUUUGGAUUGUCAAGAACAGCUGGGGUACAAGUUGGGGCACGAAUGGCUAUGUAAAGAUGGCCAAAGACCAGAACAACCACUGUGGAAUCGCCACUGCAGCCAGCUACCCCACGGUGUGACCUGAUGGACUAUGAUCAUAAAGGACCCAAGACAGGCCGCCCAGAGGGUUUUUAUCUUAAAACUGACCAACCCUUAUUUUGUGGGUAAAACACUUGAAUCACGGAGGAUCCAAGUUGCGAUUUGAAUUCUAUGAUAUUUAUAACUGACAAAAUGUUACCACUACUUUAAUUACUGCUAUAGACAGCUUUGUAAUUAACUCUUAAGACUUUUGAAUUUUCAUUUUUGAAAGAAUAUAUAAAGCUUUACCUUUUAAAAUAAAAUUUAAUUCAGUAUGUAGAGGUAGCCCUUCCUUUUUUUUGUGUGUGUGGUAAAAAUAUAUACAACAAAACCUA